GACAAUAAAAAUUUAGUUUAAUCUAAUAUGGAAAUGUAAUGAAACUCAGGUCAUAUCACCUUGCCUGAUACGCAGAUAGAAAUAACUGCAACAUUUUCCACAAGGCCAACCAAUCACAAGUCAUUUUUAAUCCUUCCGCCUUCAGUCAAAUGGGUGUGAUGAAAGUAUCAAAUGUCUUCACUCCUCCACAGAUCAUCAUGAUGAGCUGGACGUAUGUCUUUCUUCCCGUCAUCUUGGGUGCUGUUGUGUCCUGUCAGGACGUACUCUCUAACCCAGUAGUGAAGCUGACCGUGAGACCAGGAGAAAACGUUACUCUAUACUGUGACUGUAAACUCACAACUAAUGUAAAUCUUGUUUGGUACAGGAACUGUUCUCAUGAAAACCAGCCAACACUAUCUCUGAAAUGGAAGGACAGAGAUGAAGGCAUUUUUGAUUAUGGCGAGGAUAGAGGAAAUUUCUACCAUUUAAAUAUGAUGUGGAACGAUUCGUCAAACUCAUUCGACUUACUGAUUAAGAACAUUACUGAUUCUCACCUUGGUCUCUACUACUGUGGAACUGAAGAACUGAACGGGGAAAAAGGAAAGAAGAAAGAAUAUAUCUACACAUAUGGUAAAAUAAUCACAAGGAUUUUGUUUGAUAUCCCUUUAGAUGCCGGUGCUGUAGACCCUGCUGCUCCAGACUGUGGACAGUGCUGGAUGCUGCUGGUCACCCUGUGUCCCUCCUCCGCUCUCCUCUCUUUGUUCCUCUACUUCCUCUGCAGUCACAUGGCUCAGCUUCUGUUUCAGUUCGUGCCGGAAAACACCCUGGCAUCUCUCAGGAAACCAGGCCUUUAACACCACGACAUGAGGAGGAAAACUACAGCCGAGUGUUUUAUGCUGUGUUGGAAACUCCACAGCACAAAGGAUCUCACAGCUUCUUCGCCCGCAGUACGAGUGGGCUUUGAGAGGCGUAUUGGUUAUGGUUCCUCCCACCACAACACACACAACACAGACAGCCCACUCACGUCACACUCGCAUAAAAACACAAAGUCAGACAAACAAACACACACGCAUGCACACAUUGAAAUGGUUCUUAUCAUUUGAUACCUUAUUUAGUGCACAGUAUUAAUGCAAUUAAUGCACUGUAUAUUCGACCAAGAAAAUGUAAACAUGCAUUUGUAUUUCAUUGUAGUCCCUAAAGUAACCAGUCUUGUUCUUUUAUUUUUGAAAAAAAUAAAGUCCAAAGAGUGUUACAUUU